UGGCUGCGCCCGCUGGAUUCCGAGCUGGUUUGCUAACCUUCCAGCCAGCCUCUUUCAAGCAGCCAUGAACCGCGUGGGGAAGAAGAAUGAGGAGACUCUCAUCGAGAUGGGGCAUACCAACGACGGAGAAGAAAGUAAUGGACCUUUGUUUGAAAAUACAUCAAAUACAGAUUCUGAAUUUCCUGGCAACUCUGAGGGCCUAAGUACCACUGAGACCACAUUGCUCAUCUCUGACCUUCAAGGGAUUGAUAAGAAACACCAAAGCAAGGAUUCUGUUUUCUUCAGAGAUGGUACACGGAGAGUAGAUUUUGUACUUACUUAUGUGGAUGAUCCAAAACUGGAUGGAGAAAAAAAAGUGGAACGAAGGAGAAUGUUUGAAAACAAUCUAGUAAAGGCAGGUCUGGAGCUAGAAACUGAAGAUAAGAAAGAGUCUGAGAAUGGCAAAACUUAUUUUGUGAAGAUUCACGCUCCCUGGGAAAUUCUGAUCACAUAUGCUGAAGUGCUGAACAUCAAAGUACCCAUCAAGGAGAAUGAUAUCCCCUGUCCUGUAGAGAACCCACUGGACUGCAUAUUCUGGCCAUUUAGGCUACCUGAGAUUGUGAUGCACCCGGAACCUGACUAUUUUACAGCAUCAUUUAGCAAAGAAAGACAGGAACUGUACCUCAUUGAUGACGAGAAUACGUUUUUCUCUCCAUCUGUCAGAAACAGAAUAGUUUUUUAUAUUUUAACAAGGUGCCCAUAUGGAACAGAAGAAGGAAAGAAAAAGUUUGGUAUCAAAAGACUCCUAAAUAAUGGCAGCUACACUGCUGCUUACCCUCUUCAUGACUGUCAGUACUGGAAAAAGUCAAAUGAUCCAAAGUGUGAAAAUGAAAGAUAUACCUUAUAUCGGGAAUGGGCCAGGUUUCCUAGGUUUUACAAGGAACAGCCCUUGGAUCUUAUCAGGAAAUAUUAUGGAGAGAAGAUUGGAAUCUAUUUUGCCUGGUUGGGUUUUUAUACUGAGAUGCUGUUCUUUGCAGCUCUUGUUGGCUUCAUUUGUUUUCUGUAUGGUUUGUUCACAAUGAAUGAAAAUAUGAGCAGCAAAGAAAUAUGUAAUCCCAGUAUUGGUGGAGAAAUUAUAAUGUGUCCCUUAUGUGAUCGAAAAUGUGAUUACUGGAGGCUGAAUUCUACUUGUGAGUCUUCGCAGUAUUCCCAUUUGUUUGACAAUGUGGCGACCCUCUUUUUUGCAAUAUUUAUGGGCAUCUGGGUUACACUUUUCUUGGAAUUUUGGAAGCGACGACAAGCUCGACUUGAAUAUGAGUGGGAUUUAGUUGAUUUUGAGGAAGAACAGCAGCAGCUCCAACUUAGACCAGAGUAUGAAGCAAAAUGUACACAAAAGAGGAAGAAUCCAGUAACUCAGGAGUUGGAGCCUUAUUUACCUCUAACUAGCCAGGCUGUACGGUUCUGCAUCUCAGGAACUACAGUGUUGUUCUGGAUCUCUUUAAUCGUAGCAAGCAUGAUAGCUGUGAUAGUUUACCGCCUUGCAGUCUAUGCUGCUUUUGCCAGCAUCAUGGAGACCACAGAAACCCUGCAACCUAUUCGAGGUUUGUUGACACCACAACUGGCAACAUCAGUCACUGCAUCAUUCCUCAAUUUUAUCAUCAUUAUGAUACUGAAUUUCCUAUAUGAGAGGAUAGCCAUCUGGAUCACAGAUAUGGAAAUACCAAGAACCCAUUUUGAAUAUGAAAACAGACUCACUAUGAAGAUGUUCCUCUUUCAGUUUGUCAACUACUACUCUUCAUGCUUCUAUGUAGCUUUUUUCAAAGGGAAAUUUGUGGGAUACCCUAGUUCUUAUACAUACAUGUUCAGUCGCUGGAGAAAUGAAGAGUGUGAUCCUGCAGGAUGCUUGAUAGAACUGACAACCCAACUCACCAUUGUCAUGGCUGGCAAACAGAUCUGGGGUAACAUUCAAGAGGCUAUCGUCCCCUGGAUCUGCAAUUGGUGGGGUCGUCGGAAAGCAAGGAACAACCCAGAGAAUUUAUACAGUCGAUGGGAGCAGGACCAUGAUUUGCAGAGCUUUGGAGCAUUGGGCCUCUUCUAUGAAUACCUAGAAAUGGUUAUUCAGUUCGGAUUUAUUACUCUGUUUGUGGCCUCUUUUCCCUUGGCACCCCUACUUGCUCUGAUGAACAACAUCUUGGAGAUUCGAGUUGAUUCUUGGAAACUUACAACUCAGUAUCGAAGACCUGUGGCAGCUAAAGCUCAUAGCAUAGGAGUUUGGCAAGAAAUCUUAAAUGGGUUGGCUAUCUUGUCCGUUGUCACAAAUGCAUUUAUUGUAGCCUUCACAUCUGAUAUGAUUCCUCGAUUGGUUUACUAUUAUGCCUAUUUUUCGGAUCCAGAUUCACCUAUGACUGGAUACAUUAAUAAUAGCCUUUCAGUAUUCCAAAUCUCAGAUUUUCCGGAAAAACACAGACCUGAACAGAACCCAGGCAAAUUUACCAGUUGCAGGUACAGGGAUUAUCGAUAUCCACCAGACCAUGAGAAGCCAUACAUGCACACAAUGCAAUUCUGGCACAUCCUGGCUGCAAAAAUGGCUUUUAUAAUUAUUAUGGAGCAUGUUGUCUUCAUUGUAAAAUUCUUUGUGGCCUGGAUGAUUCCAGAUGUCCCAUCUGAGGUGAAGGCCAAAAUAAAGCGUGAGAAGUACUUAACACAAAAAAUCUUACACGAGUAUGAACUCAAUAAACUGAAACAGAAGUUGUGUGAAGGAAGGACCUGCACCAGCAUGGAAAAGGAAGUCAUUGCUAGUGAAGGAAGAGUGGAGUUAUCAGAAGUCAUGUAGCUUGAAGAGUGGCUGUUUGCCUGGAAUUCCAGCCUGUGAAAUUUUGUUGUUCAGAAUCUGCGAUGAGCUGUCUGCUCAGUAUGCCUUGAAAGCUGUCUGGUAUUUUUAACCAAUCUAUUUGUGGAACCAAAAAUAUUUAGGAAACAGACAACAUGGUUUGGCUAUUGGGCAGUCAACAGACCUUUUUUUCCCCUUUGUUUUGGCUCCAUAACUUUAAAAAACAGGCUUCAGCUUAUGCCACUACAUUCUCUGUUCCAUUGCCUUACCUUUGUAAGACUGUAUGCUUUCUUGGAAAUACUGUUGUCUUAAGUGUUUUUGUAAUGAAUAGCUCCCAAAUUUCCAUGAUGUAAGCAGAGGCUCAAAGUCAUCACUGCCAAGUCUGAGAAGGGCUUCCCCAUGACGAGAUUUGGGGAGUUGCCACGAAUGACACAAAAUUCUCCCUACCUAGAUUUUUAUGUAUGCAUGUAUCAAUCAAAUGAUAAGGCCGAGAGUCUUAUGUGAAGUCUUCCACUUAUUGCACUGUCAACACAUGGUGCUAGAGAUGGAAAGGGAAUUGUGUUAUUUUAUCAUUGUCUUGGGAUUUUAAAGGACACCACAGAUUAUGGUGGCCCUUUCUCAUUUUAAUAUGCCUGUUUCCAAAUUUGAAGUCACUCUCAGUCUAUUAGGAAUUGUUAACUUUGGUGCAAUUGAGAGGGUUUAGCACAGCAAGUGUAUGCAUGUUAGAGAAGCUUUUUUGAAAAGCUUCUGCCAAGAGGUAAAUUAAAUAUGAUGUUAGAAAAUCAGAUGCCUUGCUCAGUAUUAAAGAAGUACUAUUCUGUAAUUCUCUGCCUGCUCAUAGGAGCUGUCAUACUGUUUUGUUUUUUUAGCUUUGGUCUCAUAAGGUAUUUAAGCAUUUAAUACUUGGAAAAUCUUACAGAUAUCAUGGAUGCAUUUCUGUUGCACAAAUCUGCACCUUCAAAUGCCUUUUUGAGGUAGACAGUCUAUUUUGUAUGUUCUUUUUAAGGUUUAAAUAAUGCAAUUAUAGAUUAUUUUUCAAUAGAGUGCAACUAGAGUACUAACUUGGAUUACUUCACCCUCUAAAACAAAACUCCAAAACCAAAAUUAAUAUGAAAUUCAGUUGGAAAUGCAUUUGAUAAAAACCCAAAUCGUCCAGUAAUACUUAAAAUUGUUAAAAUGGCAUUAUAUUUUCAAAUCCAUGAAGAAGGGCUAUCAACAAAGCCAUUUGUUGUGAUGCUGCCUUAAACGUUUAUCUGUUUGUGUUUGUAAAGAGUAUGUAUUCUUAAUAUUUAAUGAAUGAAAGAUUAUGCACAUUGGUACAGCCAGAGUCCCAAUACUAAGAAAUUGUGAUUGUUUGAAUAUUGUCAAGAAAUGUAUCCUUAGAAGAGAUAUGUUGAAAUGAUUUUGCAGAUUUAUUGUCUUAUUUAUCUGUUUAGUGUGUCUUAUGUAUGCAAAACUAAUUAUAGGCCUUUUACAUUUGAUUUCCUUGUUUUGCUACAUAAUUUUAAAGAAUUGCAACUAUUUUUGACAAUUCACUACAAUUUUAUAGCCAAGUCUAUUUUACCAUUGCUUAGUGCCUUGUGUACAUUCACUUAGGAAAGAAAGAAUGGAUGUGAAAAUGUUAGUUCUCUUAAUUAGCAUAGUGUGAUAUAUGAAGAAGUUCACCAUGAGGACAGCAGCUUUUAUACUUAACCAUAUCUAUCAGUAAGGAGCAAGUUUUGCAAACUUCCAGUUGGGUUAUGUCUUUACCAUCCAACUGAAUGAUAACUAAGAAAUAUAAACCUUACUGGAUUCUGUUAGUCAAAAUGAAGCAUGCUAGACAUCAUAAUAUUUCACAAUGGUGAAAUACUUGCACUCGGUAAGUCAUGCUCAACUGUUAAGUAUUGAAAAAGAAAUGCCAGGUAGUGCAUGAACCAGAAUUUCCAUUUCUGAUAGUAAACAAAUUAAAUUAUACACUCCAAAUACUAUGGAAAAUAUUUUAAUCAAUGAAGAUGUCCUUUCAGAGAAAAUAGGCCUCUUAUUUUUGAUUGAUAGACACAGCAUUCCCAGAUAAAUGCUUACCGUGCUGCCUAAAUUGUAUGAGACCCAAUACAGGGAUGCUUUUGUCAUUUGA